CCUGUGGUUUGGAAGCAGUCUGGUUUGGAAGCCUGACUGGAGAGAGCUGAAGAGAAUAAGGGAGAAGGCAUAAAUAGAUGAGCUGAUCAUGGAUGAGUCAGUAAGUGAAGUUCCUGGCAAUCUGGAAAUGCUGGACCCCAGUGAUGAGGGGAAGAAGAAAUCCAAAUUUAAAGUCUUGAAAAAUUUCUUUGGCAAAAAGAAGAAAAAAGAUUCCGAAGAUGGUCAGGGAACAAAGGUGCUGAAAACAAGCUCGUCCAAUAAUACAAGCACCUCUUCUCUGGAACAGAUUCAGGAAGGUGAACAAAUUCAUCCCAGGGCCAAGAGCAGCAUGGGCAACAAAGCCAUAUCUCAUGACAGCAUCUUCUUAUUGGAUCCAGAUUCUGAGAGGGCAGCAAGUAAGAUGCUCUCAAACCUGGAGCCUCAGAGAGAGACACUUCUCCAGAGAUCUCAUGUUUACAGAACUCUCCCUAGAACUGGCACUAGUGUAUGGGGAGUCAUGUCUGGAUCUGACCUUGGACCUGCCUCUCGACCUGUGCCCAAAAAUGGAAUCUGGGUGAAAAGUUCCAGGGCUGCUGAGCCUCCACCAGUACCCCCACGGAAAGCAGGCAUCAGCCCACCGCUUAUCCAACCUGACAUAUUUUCUGAGGACUUUAAAGAACUCCCUAUUGCCAGUGAUCCAACUGACAGUUCACCAGUGAAGGCUUCAUCAUACAAGACCUUGACACUGAAUAAGAACUUCUCUGAGUCAUCAUCUGUACCUGAUGUAUUAAAGUCCUUGGACACUCAGAAUUUCAGUGACUUUCCCACUUUAUCUACCAGUCAGAGCUGCUUAGAUUCUUCAGCUGCUCGACACAAGAUGGCUUUGAAUCCCCGGAAGCAAAAGAAGAACUUCCAGGUGAUACCAGUGCAGGAUGAGCCAAGCUUUUCACUGGUUUCUGAAGACAAUAGCAUGACCGCAGUGAAAGAUGCUGACCAGAAGAAUGUGAAAAAAGACAAUGAAGGACCCACAAACGAAAAACAGAACAGUGAGACAGAGGUUUCUGAUAAGAUAACAGAACAGGCCUCAAACACUGCUAAUUCUGAGAACCUAAACUAUCCAACAUCAACAGCACAUGGAAGAAGGUAUAGAAUAGGAUCAAAUGCUUUAGGAACGAGUGAGAAUGUCACACAGUCCAGCCAAGGAUUUGAUGUGGGUGACAGAGGCAAGUCCUCACCUACCAAUAAGCUUUCCAGGGAUUACUCUUUCUGGAACCUAUACUUGGAGAGCAAAGUCACAAAGCAGAAAACAACUCCACAGGUAGAAACCACUGCUGCUCAGGAGUUGUUCUCAAAUAAAGCUGACCUGGGAAAGAAAAGUGCUGAAGUCAAUUUUGAGGCAAAAAAUAUAUCAACACCCCAGCGUCUACCUGCAGAUGUGGAAAAGAAAAUGGUGAGUGACCUAUCAUUAUUCUAUGAAAAUAUAGCUUCUGCAGGCAAGAAGCCACAAGCUAGAGUGAUGCAAAGCUCUCCUGCAACCACAGGAGAAAAUAUUCACUCAGUGAGAAAGGGAGUGCAGGCGAUGGCAGAGCCUUCUCAGAUCUUGUCAGAAGACAAAGGAACUUCUAGUCUUGCUCUGCAGGAUGCCCCAUGCAAAGUGGAGUCAUCCCAGGAUGUCUCAGCUCUCUUUAAAGAUGAUCCUCCCACAAGCAUCUUUCAGACUGCCUCACCAAGUGCUUCCAGCAUGCCCAGUAAGGCAGGCGGAGUCAUUCUGACAGAGAGGCUGCUGCCACCAUGCUUUUCUACUCUCUCAGGGAAGUCUGAAGCUAAGGAAAUUCCCUCAGAUUCAGCCAAUGCUCCAGAGAAGAGCAGUAAUUAUGUACAACCUUCCCAGUGUCUGGGGAAUCCUAAAGCUACAGAAAUCUCAAAUUCAGAGAAGGCGCUAAAGGAGAAGAGUAAUUCUGGGGAACUGGGUUCUCCCAAUUACUCUCCUGUGUCCAGUUCUGAAGACAAGUCAAAGGUCAUCUCAAAAUCCAAGCAUUUCACUGUGAAAUUGAGCGGUUCUGAGAAGCAGCCGGCUCCACAGUACCCUUCCCAGACUUCAGAGGAGUCUGAUGUUGAGAAAGUGUCUACAGGAUCAAGUAGUCACGUCAAGAAGCACAACUUUGCUGAAGACUGGAGCAGCUUGGAAGGAGACCUCGUUGUUGGACCUCAUGGGCAGGCCGCGAUGAAGCCCAAAGACAAACAAGAGGCCGUCUGGAUGUCCCACAACGCCCCCAAAGAGUGGAGCACUUCUGCUUGGAAGUCUGUGUCACAGCACCAGGGCUCCCGCAGAUCAGCGAACGCUGUGGCAGAAGAAAGCAUUUCUGGGGAGCCAGUAUCUGCCCGAGAUGCUUUCAAGCCAUGGGAGGGUCAGAAAUCCGAGCAGAAAGAUUCUUUAGAUCCAAAGAGUGCAGCCAUGGACUGGGGCAUUUCUAUGGAGCCGCUACCCCCAAGAAGGACCUUGAAACACCCUUUGAUUGUGAGAGAGGCUACUUUAACGGAGAUGCUGUCUGCCAGGCAGCGUUCUCAGCCCCUGUUGAAAUCAGCAAGUGCACAAGAUGCUUCGGAUGCAGAGAGCACUGCUGGUGAGGGGAAGCUCUCCGGUGAGGAGAAGCUCUCCGUGGGGCCGUGUCCUUCUCGGAGUCCCUCCGAGCCCUUAAGUGACACUCAAGCUCAACAAGAUAUGCUCUCUGAGUCACAGGCACUGCCGGCUGAGAGGGACAUUUCAGUGGAGCAGUCCCUGGCAUCUCCCGAAGUCAAUGAAGGUGCUGUGGUGAAGGAGAGCUUCAAGCUGCGCAGGAAGCUAGGCCCAGCGAAUGUUUCCACACCACACGGCACUUCACUGCCUCCCAAACACAGUCUCCAGCCUAGGGGGAAGCCUGCCCUCGAGCAAGUCUCUGCUGGUCCAGAGAAUGUUGAGGCUGAGGGGCGCGUGGGUGUGCAGCCACAGUCCAUGUCCACAAGCGGGCAAAACAUUAAUGAGUGGCACAUUUUGGCAGAAGCGCCUCCUCUCAAGAAGUCUCCGAUCCCGAGGAGAGCAGCAAUGAAGAAACCCAUCUCUGCAGGUUCAGGGAGUGCUUCCACAGAGUGGCGUGAUUCCAUGCAGCCACGGGGGAGGCUGAGAUUGGAGCCCCAAGUCUCUCCUGUGCUGCAGGGCGCUGCGGAAGAGCAGACUUCUCAGCAGCGAGGGAAGCCACCAGGACCAGAGGGUGUGGCCACGGAAAGGGGCGUGACCACAGAGCACCUGCCUUGGGGACCGCUUUCCCAAGCCACAGCAAGAGCUGAGGAGCACAGUUCGGGGAAACCGCUUCCUGUGAAACAGCCUAGUCAGUUCCCAGUGAGGGCCAAAGUACAAGAGAUGUCCUCGAGUAUGAACAGGGCUAAGAUAGGGAAAUCGCUGCUUAGCAGUUAUUCCAUCGUCAAAUCACAACCAUCCAAGUCAUUCGUGAAGUUUAUGGCCCAGCAGAUCUUUUCUGAGGGCCCUACUACCGAAACAGGCACUUGUGUGAACCCUCCGCCUUCAAGUCAUCGUUCCAAGCCUUUGUGGAAGUCUAAAAUGGAUCACCAGAUUGUCUUGGGGCAAGAGAACGCUGACCCCAAGGGAGACAGUGCUUCGAAGAUGCUAGAAGUCUCCCAAGGUUCUGAAAGCUCCAGCGAAGGGAGGAAGGGUUCCAGAGAGGUGCUGCCUUCCCGACACUUUGCCCAGAGCUCCAGUGGUUCAGCAUGGCAGGCCCAGAAUCCCUUGGUGGGCUCAGUGGAAGAACGUGGAAAGCAGAGCAUUGCUGAAGCACAUCUGCACUCCAGCAAUGCUCCGGCUUCUGGGGAUGCUGAACCGACCUGUUCAAAGUCCCUGAGCACUUCUGCUAAGGGAACUGUGUGUGAGAACAAGUCUGGCAGCGAGUCCCACCCCAGCAAAACCAAGAAACACAGCUCAGGCUCUGAAGCACUCCUGAAGAGUACCUUCACCCCAACCAACAGGUCUAAGAUCAGAGGGGACCCGCCCUUGAAAUCACCUACUUCUUCUGGAGACACUCACUCCAACAAGGAAAUUCUUGAGAGUGGUGGUGGCAAUCGUGACUGCCAUUCAAAACUAACCAUCUAUGAAAUCAAGGGGGAAAGAUAUUUCGGAGUCCAGCUGAGAAGAACCUCUUCUGCACAGAAGUGUGACAGUACAAAGCUGAGUAGUUUCAGCCAGCUUCCUUCACUGUCCCCGUUCUCCAUGCCGUUCUCUGAAGGCAGACAACAACAAAUGAAAAGAAGUGCUUCCCAGGGUAUCCUGGACACCACAGACAGCACUGCCGCCAUACCUGACCUGGUGCAGAAGCAGCCAAGCAGGCCCAAAUCGGAAGUUAUGGCCAGUAACCCAGCUGCCUACAAGAUCCCAGGAAAGCCACCUGGGCAACAAGCAGAUAAUGCUGUCUCCGAGCCACUUUGGAUAACUGUGGCAAAGCAGAAGCAGAGAGAUUUUUCAUACUCUGUCUCUAUGAAGGAAUCAAAAUUCAAGAUCGGAGCUGCAGCUGAGCCAGAAACAAAGGAGCCUAGUCAUGUGGUAGGACCCCGGGCCACCCAGCAAACACUCCAAAAGGGAGCUGGCCCUGAAAAGGAAAACCAAUCAAGAAACAUUUUGAGUUCCAAUGUCCAUCCACAGAAGAUGGCACAGACGAAACAAAUUAAAUCAGCUGCAUGUGAAGAUCCAAUGAUAAUGCAUUCUCCUGCCAAGGAAAAGGAAACUAAAGGAUCUUCAGCUCUACCAAUCAAGUCCAAACAAUCAGUUGAGCCAGUUGAGCCAGUUGAGCCAGUUGAGCCAGUUGAGCCAGUUGAGUCAGCUGAGCUGGUCAAAUCAGCUGAGCCUGUCUGGUUCGCCAUGGCCAAGGAGAAGGCCAAAGCAUGGAGCCAUAAACAAGAGAUCGUGUGAAGAAAUAAGUCCUAGGUGAAGUAUCAACAUUUUAAAUGUUAGUUGACAGCAGCUGUGUUAAUUCUGUUAGUGAUUUCUUCACUGCAACCAUUUUUAUUCAACCAAAAGGCCUUAGAAGUGAUAGUUAAAAACAGAUUUAUUUGAAAGGAGUGCUGUGAAUGCCUAGCCUUCAGUACACUUACCAGAAUGUCUGCAAACCUGGAAUUUCCUCUAUAAAAACAAUGGGAGGUGCUUACACUGGAAUAGAAUCAUGAAAGUUUUAAUUUUGGACAAUGUGCUUUUGAAAAGAGAAACCAAAAACAUUUGGUUGGGGGCAACUGAAAAGCUAUCAUUUUUCUCAUCCAAAUAAAGUAACGCUAAUGGAAAUACACAAGUGAUUUAGCUACAAAACUGGCUUUUAGUAUUUAUGAGCCUGAGAACAUGCUUGAAAAUUAUUUGAUCACUUCACUCAGCUUUAUAAAGGCUCUUAUAAGAUACAGUGUGAGUAGACAUCUGGGUCUCCAAGAAUAAUUUAGCACAGUCAGUCUCCUAAUCCAAUACCCCAUGAAACACCUUUUGUGUCCUUGGAGUCCUCCAAAAAUGGUAGGGGAUAGCAAUACACAGAUCACCUAUAUAGAGCUUGCCCUGUGCACAUGCCACAUGUUAACCUGAUGCAGGCCUGGCAAUAUCAUGUGCCAUCCAAGAGGUGCAAUGUUUCUGGAGGUUGAUCACCCUCCUUUGGAUGGUUAGUUUAUCAGUGUUUGGCCUCUCUUCCCAGGAUAACUACAGUCCUCUCCAUUUGCUUAGAAAUAAAAUUGUGCCUCCUUUCAUACACGCUUUGUUUAAGUGCUUAAGAUCCUGUUGAAAUUCCAUGUUGUACAGAGAUCAAAAUCAUACUUACCAUCAAGUACACAGCAAGUUCACUGUCUUGAUGCAAGUCCGGGACCACAGGAGAGCUCCCUUCUCUGGCUCUUACUUCUAGAGAACCUUCUACUUUGUAGCGCAGGUUUUCAUCCAUUAUCCCUAGCAGCUUCUGCCUCACAAGUUUUUGGCCCAAAGCAAGUUUGCAAUCCCAAAAGCCGCAGAGAAACGAGCUUCUUGCUAACUGGAAACCGUAAGUGAUAAAGUCGGUCUCUGGAUGCCCUUGAUCCUAGAGGCACAUACUCCAAAAGUUACUAGGCUGGAGAGCCCCCCACCCAGCCCAACCAUGAAGAAGGAAAGCAGCGGAAGAAAAGUCAGGGUG